UAGCGGAAUCCAUUUUCUGCGUUGUUGUGACAUUUUGAUUUUCGCUCUCUGUUGUUAAAAGGAGUGAAUAUUAUGUUGUUUAACCUUGAAUUAUUUUAAAUAAGUGAUGUAUAAAUGCUACUCAUAUUUAGUAUGCCACCUGAAAUAGUUAUUAUAUACGAAGUUUAUGAAGUAAUACACUAUGGGUUGAAGAAGUGAUUGGCUGCGGCAUAAAGUACUUCUUCGCUGUAUAUUUCUAUUACCAGAUUAUUCAGUGCCAGGCACGUUGGUGGCACAAUGGAGUUGGAUGUAUCUCCAAUGGAGCCUGUUAAUAAUGACGUUGACUAUUCAGACAAUUCGUCUGAGAGUAAAUACUUAGCAUGCAACAACAACGAACAGUACACGGUUAUCCGUAUUCCGCAAGACGGUGAAAAGUCUAGUAAACACUCCUCGAGAAAACAAUCAAAACGGAGAAAAAAGAGCUCCAACCACUCUAGACCAUUGCCUAGAAUAAUAGUCAAACCAUUACCUCCUCCACCUCCACCAGAAAAUCGAGAAUGGACUGCAGCAGCAUCCUGUUCCGAAACAAGUUCUUCAUCUACCAAGAAACCGUCUACUAUGCGUGAGAUUUUAGCUAGUAUACCAGGUUUUUGUAUAAAACCUAGAAAACGAAGUAGCAAAAAAUUGUCAACUGCGGCUCAAUUACAACAAACAAGAGAAGGUUGCAUAGAUUUAGAAACUCCAGAUUCUAUAUUAGUUAACACAAAUAUUAGAGCUCUUUUAAAUAAACAUACAUUUUCUUUACUUCCUCCUCUAUAUCAGUAUAAAUUAGGACAAUUGCUACCUAAUGUAGACAGACCAAGUACUUCGGGUCGUUUAAGUUCAUCUAGUCUAAAUAACGAGUUUUUUGCUCGAGCAUGUUUGGAAUGGCAAGAAUCUCUAUCAGGAGGAGAGUUCACUCCUGAAAAUCAACAAAAAAUGAAAACUGAAGCUGAAAAAGAAAAAAGCAAAAUUGAUCCUUGGAAGUUGAAACAUUUUGAACCAUAUUGGGGAGAAAAAUCACAAAAGGAAAAGUCUUCUAUGAAUUUAAAUUCAGAGAGACCAUCUUUAAAAACUACAAUAAAACUAAGACCUACAGCUUCAAUAACUAGUAGCAGCACUGUCCCAAAGAUAAAGAAAAGCAAAUCUUCUAGUUCCAGUAAAAGAUUGCGGUCUGUUGGUGCAGUAACUAGGUCCUCUGCCAAAGAGGCUGAAGAGGUUGAAGAAGACUCUGUCACCAUUAAUAAUAAAUCAUCUCAACCAGUACCAGGCUUACUGCCUCUUAAGCAUGUUAAAAGUCAAGGUUAUGUUGAGUGUCAGAUGGAUUUUAGUUUCUCAGAUUCCUCCUCUAUAACUAGAAUAGAGGAAUCCAUAUCAACAACACCAGUAGAUCCUUUGCUGUUAGCGGAUAAUGAAUCUGGCAAUGAAAUUAAACAAGAUUUAGAUAUGUGCGUUGUUAAAAUUGAAGACUCUAGUGCAUCGAAAGAUUGUGAUGAAGAUAAAACUACAGAUUCUGAAAGCAAUAUACUAGAGACAACUAAAAGAUUAAGUAAUGACAUAAACGAAUAUCAGUUUUCAAAAAGACUUAGGUAUGAAGAUGAUUAUGCUGUUGAUAAUACAAGCUAUGUAAUUAUGAAGACUGAAAAUCCUGAAAAUAAUAAUGGAUCUGAUGUAGAAAAUACUUACAACAAUGAACAAGUAGGUCAGAAUAAGGAGCUCAAUCUAUAUUCAGGUCAGGAUCACGGUGAUACCAACAGUGAAGACAGUAAGGCCACUGCUUCUAUUUAUGAGUAUGACGAACGUAGUGUGUCCUCCGUUUCAAGUCUAAAGAUAGAAAAUCAUUUGAACAAUGUCUCACUUGUAACUGAAUCUUUAGAUAAUGUUACAAAUGAAUAUGAAAAUAUUGAAACAGAAACUCAUGAAGUCAUACCAGCUAGUAAACAAAACAGUACUAAAGAAUCACCUGCUCACAAUAGUCAAAAUGAAUAUGUUCCUGGAUUUAGAGAAACUGUGACAGAGGCUUACAAUACAGAUAUCAUACAGAAUAACAAGUCACCAACACACAUAAGCAACAAUAUCACAUGUGAAAAAAUGGAAGGUAUAGAGGAUAUGGAUUACUCAGCACAACAAUCAAUGCAACACCCGGAAAGUAAAGAUAAUGUAAAUAGUAUUGAAAAAAUUGACAUCAAAGUCAAAGACAAUGAUGGUAUAGUUCCAAAUUAUUACGAUGAACACUUCAAAGAUGCUGAAUCAUUUAUAUUAGAGACCAGUGGAUUACCAAUUUUGACAUCUCAAAAUGAAGAUGUCAAGUAUGCACCCCAAAGUAAUCUAAUGGAAUUAACAUCAUAUAUGAGUGAAACGAAUGUAACAGCUGUUGUAACAAUGCCAAUGUCACAAAAUCCACCUAUUCCAAUGAUGGAAGUUACAAACACCUCAGGGGUUUCGUAUCCUGAUGAUCACUUGCAAGAUCCAGCAAAACCUAAAAAUUCUGUAGUGUCAUGGAAAACAGGAAGCGAUUGGGUACAAAAUGAAAAUGCGAUUACAAUACAAAAUUUUGCAAAUAUUAAUAUGGAUAAUACAAAGUAUGUUAGUGAAGACUCUAAAACUAGCAUGGAAGAUGUUAAUGUUAAUGAUGAAAAUUGUAUGUACAAGACCGAUCGUGAGACAAAUUAUAACAUGGAAUCAUCAAAUUCAUCUGAGAGCUGCCAGUCAAUGAAAGAUGUUUUGGUAAAACAAGAGUGUGAACCAACGGCCAGUCUGGUUUCAAGCACUACAGUUACCAAUCCAUCAAUUAACUCUACUACAGUAACUCAAAGUGUAAGAAUACCUGGUAAAAAGUCAAAAUCAGGAAAAGAAUCAAACAGGACUCGCAGCUCUAACAAAGUCCCGCCCGGUGCUGUAAACCUGGAGCGUAGUUAUCAGAUAUGUCAAGCGGUAAUUCAGAACAGUCCAAAUAGAGACGCCCUCCGUGGUCAGUUGCGACCGCCGCCUGCGCUGCUCACGAGACCCGCUCGAGCUCCGCGCCCCCCACCGCCCGUACUCGUCAGACAGAUACCUGCUUCUGUUAUGCCUCAUACCGAGAUGAACGAGAAUCGAUCUAACAACAUGAGUCAGUACAUUCUUGUGCAACGAACACCCAAUGUAGCACCCAGGGCGUCAAGUGCUCCACCUUCUAAUCAGAACUCUAAUGUAAAUGUAACUCGCUGCCGGAGCGUGGGUGCAGACGACGCAUGCGUGUGUAACCUGCGUGCUAUGAUCCUGUGCAAGAAGUGCGGUGCGUUCUGCCACGAUGACUGCAUCGGCUCCGCAGAACUCUGCCUUACUUGCCUCAUACGCUGACCCCAUCCAUGGUCGUAUCUCCCCAAUCUUGCCGUACCAGAUACAACUUUAUAUUCCAAGCACACAUACACAUUCAUGAAAAAUACCUACAGUGUCUAGUGAUUGUGACCAUACCAGUGACAGCUGAAACAGUGGAAUGUGCUUGUAGGAAUGGUGGUGCUAUCUGUUAGAAGUGUGAAAAUUCAUUAUUUUUUAUUCAAUCAAAACAGUGAAUUAUCAAACCCAUCAAUAUUGUCUCUAAGACUCUAAUGUUAAACUAUAAUGUUGUAUAUAUUAUAUAUAAUUAUUUGGAACAUUUACAUAUAGGGACUGACAUGUGCUCCAUUUGGUCAGAAGUAUUUAAAUCAUAAGUCUAAUUAUAGAAAGAUAUUUAUACAGGAUACAUUUAUAACUUUAGGAAUUAUUUGUACCUCCAUUAUAGCAAUAUCAUAGCUUGUUAAAUAAACAUAUAUCACAAUUUAUUAAAAGUAAAAAGUUAACGUUAUGUAAUAAACUCUAUAUAAAUGCAAGCACAAUUUUAUUCCGUAUUAAACAUUAUAUUUGAUAUAAUAAUA